UAAUGCUACUCACACCAACCUUAACCCAAAAUCGCCUGUCGAAUAUUAUUUCUGUAUAGUGUUUUCUCCUCAUAUCUAGUAUCCCGUACGGUUCGGAUUUCGUUGUAGUAGUGAUUGAUGUGUGCCGUUUUCAUCCGUUCAUCGUGUUUGAGGAAUGUUUAGUGUUGUUAUUCAACUACCGGACUUGCGUUGGAAGAUUUGUAUAAACUACGUGACGUCAAAGCUUUCAUACUCGGUUCGUAGAAAAGCUAGAUUGCUUUAGAAUAGGAUUAGAUUUAGAACAAGAAGCAUGUCGACCGUUGAAAGAAAGGAGUACCAUGAAACGAAAAUAUCAAGAAGUCGUUCUCCUAUUCGAAACACGAGAAGCUCGAAUCAAAAUUUGUCGCAGUUCGAUUCAAACUUAGAUUAUCUUCUGGAAGAUUUGCAAAACUCCGUGUCGAGACCCGGCAGUUCCUUAGGCCAAAAUGCAAGUUCCAGCUACAAAGAAACUUCCAAAUACAUUAGCAGCAGUACUGACGGCUAUGGAAAGACGAACUCCCUUAAUAGAAUUUCGAAUGUAAAAGCUGCCAACCCUGUAACAGAAUACUCAUCUGACGAUGCCUAUACGUACCAGUCUCCUGAUGGUAGAGGAAAGGUGCAUUCUUACAAAAAAGAAAAAUACAUGUAUGGAAAGAAUGUCGUUGAGAGGGACAUCGAACCAGAAAGGACGAGAAUGCAGAAUAGCAUCAACCAAUUAGAUUCGCUUUUAGACGACUUGCAACAAGUGAAGAAGUCCUCAUAUACUGAAAAGGAAUCCUAUAAUAGCACUGGCCCGGAUCCAACUUUUCAAAGUAACAAAUCGGUGAACAGAGAACUUCACUAUGGUGAUACUCCUUCCAGAAGUAAAACAUAUGAACGCUUUGAGGAAAAGAGCUAUAAGAAGGAUGGAUAUUCGAGUGAAGGAACCUAUGGCGACCUCAGACCGCUGCGUACGACGUCACCUUCUCCAUCCUCGAGGACUUCAACACUGUCAAAGCAAACCAAAGUAUCCAACGUCCAUGAAUAUCCAAUACGGGUUCUGGAAACUCCAGUUCCCGACAUAGAUCCCGAGGUCUUAGCUCAUUUGGAUCCCAAUUUGCAUCCACCAGGUAACACGAAAGUUACGACUACGAUUAAGACAUAUACAUACGAAAUACCCGGAUCAGGAAACUAUCCUACUCAGGUUAAGGAAGAUACCAGUAUCAGCGAGCAAUAUUUGGACAAAAUGGAAAAAUAUGUUUAUUCUCCAAAUGAAACUAUUACAACUCCCAGCAAGAGUUUCGUCUACAACAAAAUUGAAAACACCGAAAAUGUGUUUGAAAAAUCGAAACCUGCGCAUAUCACUAAAUCGUAUGAAGAAAUAGUUAAAGAUGAUGUUUCUUAUUACCCGCCCUACCAAAAACCAGCCCCACCUAGUGGAUACUCUACAUUAAAAGAAACGGUCACUACUAGAAACUAUCAACCAGGAUAUCAACCGGAAUUAAAUCCACCAAGUCGAAAUCAAACGUAUAUUUACAAUGAAUCGACCACCACAAAGAACAUCGACCAUCCAUAUCCUCCACCCGCUGAAACAAGAGAAUAUAUAAUAAAUAAAGAAACAAAUGUUAUUAACAAAUCUGAGCCACCACGCCAGCCUCGAGAAACAACAAGAGAGUAUAUUAUUAACAAAGAAACAAACAUUGUUAAUAAAAAUCAGUCCCCAAUGUCAGAAAGAGGGUAUCCUGUAUAUAAUCCUCCAGCGCCUUCAAAAAACACUUAUGUAUUGAAAGAAACUCACACCACUAAUUAUCAGAAUGGAUAUCCUCCUAAUAGACAGCAAUCACCACCAAGGGAGCCAAUAAAUAUUCACUAUUCUUAUAAGUCUACCAAUACUACAGAGAAUAGAUAUAAAGGAGGCUACCCACCUAAUAACGAGAGUCAAACUUUGCUGCCCCAAAAGUUUCCUACUGAAGAUGGGCCUGAUGGACCCCCAAAAAGAAUCGAAGAACUUAUGGCUACUAUUGGUAAUGAGCCACCAAAUAGUCCCCUAAAUGCUGGUUUUAAUGCCCACGAAAAAGAAGUGGCUCAUAAAAGGGUUGUGGAGAGUAUGAAACAACAAAACGCCGAAGUUGAAGAUUUACAGAAAAAAGAAGUACCUACUAAAAAUGUUAGUGGGCCUCCUGUAUACUAUCCGCCAGGACACGAAAUGUUUGCCAAAAAGGAAGAAGGGGGCGGUGGCUGGAGAGCACAGGGUGAAUAUGCCAAAGGAUCAGGUAAAUACAUGUACGAAGCUGAAAGCGGAUCAAAGACCAAAACCAAGAAAGGAAUGGCCGUUGUUCCAGUGUGUUUACCUCUUUGCUGUGGACUUCCAUGUACCCUUCUUUAAAAUGUAUAUUCAUUCAAUCUCCAGUUUGAACAACGUUUAUGAUUUCGUAAAGUGUCAUUAACAAAUUCAAUCUUCUUAGAGUGCUUGCACAUGAGCCACUAUUUUGUUGGUCAAAGAUAAAUCCAAGGAAACGUCAAACAAUUUUUAUGCUCUAAAACAGGACUGACCGGCAACAUAGUCGUUCAUAUACAACGGCUUUUGAUGAUGAUGAAGUAUUUAUUAAAAGAAUUCUCAAUGUGCCUUACAAUUCUUGUAUUGAACAUAUUUUUUAGUUAUUUCAAUUAUUGUACUCACUGAUCUGAUCUAAUAAAUGUAUAAAAGUGUAAAAAAUAGGUUUAUUGUUUUUUUGUAUAUGUUAAAUAUAUUUGGUAAAAGAGCUUUAAAUAAUUAUAUAUAUUUAAUAAUAAAAAAUGAGUUAAUUUUAUUUAAUGUUAAAUAUUAAAAUGUAAUUUUUUGGCAGCUUAAAAAUAUGACAAUAACGUUUUAAUUUGUAUCUCAUUUCUUUAAUUAUUUAAGUUGUUUCUAAUAUUAGGAAUA